AUGUCUGACCCCCCAAAGAGAGGACGGAGUGGGAAGCUGUCUGGGAUCUCCGGAAGGCUGCCCCCUACUAUUCCACCAGCUCUCAUCACAACAUCAGUGAGCAGCUCCUCAUUCCAGCAAGAAGGAGCCUUGCCAAUCGCACCUGACCCUACCUCAACUAGGGCUACCUAUACCACCAACAUCCCAGCUUGUUGCUGUUGCUCAUUGUCUCACCACAGCACUCAGUCACAAUUGAGGUCUGCACAUUUGUCUGAUGAGGAGUCUGACUCUGGGACAGCCCAAGCACUGCAGGAGAUGGAGGUGGAGGGCUCUCAGGCUAGCAAGGUUGUCUCUAGAGAUGUUACUGAGCAGCCGUUUGACAGUCAAUACUCCUUGAAGCUCAGAGGCACUGUCAAUGAGCUUUCUGGAGACCUUGAGGUGGUGACCUCUUUACUUGAGAAAACCACAGACUGGUUGUUGCAGGCUACCCACCACAAUCCAACAGCCAUUGAAGGGGCCAAUGCAUUCACAGACCAGAUAGUGACAUUUGUUAAUGCUAUCAUGUCGACCAACUUCUCUCAUAUCCGCACGAGCAGAACAAACUUCAACCUCACUCUUGCCUCACUCCUUGUGUCACAACCCAUCCCUGGCUCCCAGCACAAUUAUCUGGCUCCUGAGGCUGUAUCCAGCUUCUGA